AUGGGCUUUCCUUGUGGAGAGAUCCUAUCGAGACCUUUGAGAACUGGCGCAAAAUUCGGUCGCUUCCGGCAUAUUUCUGGGGAACCCUCAAAGACGGACGCCACUUUGUAUCUUGUGAUAGCUCGCCUAUGCCUACCACUACGUCGUCAUGGAGUCGCGUGGUUGAAGGAGCUCGUGACGGCUCUCAAUGAAGCCGAGAGUUGUUCGCUAAACCUCCCAGUACGACAGCGGACCCAUCGUUUCUCUGUGGCCUUCAGCACAUUACACGGUCGUGGGGUCUACGAGAUUCUUGUGCUACGCGUGCCGACGACUUCAGCAGUGACCUGCCGACCUCUCGAUGUCUAUCAAGGAGUUCUGUAUGUCAAUUCCGAGUACUGCGCGCAUGCAAAGCUCUGCAACAAUCAAAUUAUCUGGAGCGUGGACUCUGGGAGCAAGGGUUCGUCAGCCUUGAACAAUUCAGGACUGGCAAUGCCGCACUCACUUUUGGAGAAGGAAAUACUUGUGCAGACGUCGGAAAUGUCCACAAUGUGUGCCCUUUCUUGGCCCGACAGUCAAGACGCAGAGUUCCCAGCGCGCUUCGAGGUGGGUCAAGGAGCAACACCAGCAGCCUUACGGGAUCCCUGGCGACUGCUGUCAACAAGCACGUUUCCUCAAUUGCUGGAACGGCAACGGUACACGAACCUAACGUUCGAGAAAUUGGGAUCAGAACUGGUUCUUCCAUUCAUCUUCUCUUCAAUGCGCCUAAGCAUAAUCGGUGGCGACGGCUCGAGAAUGACUGGCAUGGUCAGACUCUUCGACCCGACGAUGGUCAACGACGACGGAAGAAGGCACUUCAUCCAGGGCACUGUUGCUGAUGAGCUCGCUUCGCCUGAGGCAGUUCGUGAACACGUAGGAACACACACAGUUGGAAGCCAAUCCAAAGCAUCUGUGGACGAUCUAACCUCUCCUCAUAUGGCACCAAAGCGACUUGCUUUCCAGCUAGUCACCGGUGCAGCCAAUCCACUCCCCAGCAAACUUUCAGAUGGCGCCGAAGAGCUUCCGACUCUACUCCUCGACAAUGCUCAGCUGAACUUGGAAUUGCAGCUGCUCUUAUAUAUGGCAACGAAAUACCCCAUGAGCGACGACGACCUGAAAAACUUCAGCGAUGGCAUUAGACCAGUGGAAGGUAGUGAGAAGGGCAAGCUGCCCCCUGAGCUCGGCUCGAUGCUUGAUGGUGACCUGGCAUCGUGGCUCAAAAAUACUUACGUCCCAGGAUUCAUCGCUACUCGAAUCAUUGCCAUGGAUCCCAGCUCAAAAACAGCCUGGCGGGUCAAUUUCAGCGACUCGGAAGUAGCAAAUGUCAAUCAUUGGUUUAGUGGUAAAGGCAAAGGAUGUCUCAGUCAGGCGCCGGAGUACACGCAACUGAACGAGCUGGCGGCAAGGUACGCGCUGCUUCAAGCGUUCCCCCGCGUCCAAGACUAUCUCAACGACACCGAGCCAGAUGAGAACGGUAGGCAAGGCGGAGAGAAGUGGGCAUCGGCUCUAUACCAUUCACAAGGCCGAGGUUACGCUCUGGCAGCACUCGCGAAUACGACUAACGUCAAGGCCAGGACCAAGGUUCAAGUGGUGUGUAAUGGUAAAUCAUUCCCAGACCUGAUGUUUUGAAAUUCGUAUUUCUCAACGCUCUAUCGCUAGCGUAUUCAGCAUCAAUCAAAAAGAGCUCAAGUCUCACGGGUCCAUGCAACCCAUCGAACCUCUUGCCAAACGACGAAAAGCCCUAUGCCAUUAGAAUUGUUGAAGCACUCAAAGCAUACAAAGCUUCUGGUUUUAAGCAAGAUACAUCGGGCUUCAAGCUGACCCUGACUCCGAGCUUGAAUAUCAGUUUCUGCACGAUGCUGUCCUUGGCUUGUGGGAACAGCUACUCGAUAAGAAACCAGGAUCGCUUGGGGUUAGCUUGGCUGGCCAAUUGAUGCAAGAUGCCAAUCAGUUAGUGGAGGACAUGAAUAUCGAUGCUACUAAAACGGCCGCGGAGAAAGCAGCUGUGAUGACCGCGCAAGCUUCCAACCUCAUAGAACUAAUUGCACAAGCACCGAAGAAAAUCGGUGAAGCUACCAAAGGCAUUGAAAAAGCUUUUGAGUCAGUACAGAACGCUCUGAACAUGGUAAAGAACUCCAAGUUGAUGAAGCUCAUGGGUCCCGUCAUGGCUGUUGCUACGGCAGCAAUUUUCGCGUGGUCCGCAUAUGGCGCAUACCGAGAUUGGAGCAACCUUUCUAUAGACGAUCGAGCUAUCCUCAUCCUCUCGACCGUACAAACAACUUUGCAGAGGCUUGAGGAUGGCGCCAAGGCAUUCUCACCACUCUUCAAAUCUCUUAGAAGAACUGGUCCAGAGGUCAGCAUUGCUCCACGAGAUACUAUUGCUGGUUCAAUUGAAGAGAACACUGAGCUUCGACUACCUGAGAACUCGGAAAAGGGACAAGUGGAGAUCGAGCUUAUCGAUCAUGCCGAUGAGCUCCCCGGAGGUGUGGCAGACCAAGAAGCCGAAGCACAGCAAGUCGCCGAUGAUGUGUCGAACGUGGCAGAACUAGGCGCGGAAGACGCAGCAGAGGUGGCGAUAGGAGCAGACGUUGAAGCUGCAGCGACCAAAUUGGGCGCUUUAUUCGCCAUCGGUGGAAAGAUCAUCAAGGGCCUACUCGGGUGUAUGGAGCGACGUCUCAACAUUACCAAUUUUGUCAUUAUGGGACUCUCUGUCAUCGCUCCUAUCGCUGAGGCCGGCAUUGCAAUCCUUGCUGCCGGCGCAGAGGGCAUUGCACUAUCGGUUGCAGCAGGUGCCAUGGCCAUCUGCUCCUGGGCAGGUCCGGCACUCCUGGUUGCGGGCAUCGUUAUCGGCAUUCUAAUGCUUUUCCACCAGCACACUCCGGACCCUCCUUUAUCCGCGCUAGAGCAAUGGAUUCAGGAUCAUGGAAAACCUUUCGUCGAUCCUCUGAAAGAUCCGCCGACUUCCGAGCUGACUUGGACGGUAUCAUCCCUUCAAAAAGACGCAAAGGAUCAGACGCUGAGGAUCAAGGGCGUCAACAAUAUCAAGACGACAGUAACGCUUGCGAAUGUGCAGAUCGAGUUCCCAUCUGGUGGCUCUCCGGGCAUGCUGUUCUCCGAGCAAGACUUUACUGCCGCCAAAAGUGAUGCUAAGACACUGUCUCCGGGCCAGAUUCAAGUCAGUAGUGCUCUUUCACCCGCCCCGGAACUCCAGAUCAUCCACACGGAGGCUAUUCCUGGCAAAACAGCAGUACAAGAGUCGUUGACUUGGCUGUGCAAAAUCGUUGGCGUGAGGCCGUCGAAUAGUGACGUCGAAGAGGCCCGACCAUUCCUGAGGCUCGGUGUUGGACAGCAUAUUGAGAUUGCUAUCGAUGGCACGGUGAUGGUGCCAGGGAAGGAUGAGAAGGGCAGUGAGGUGAAUGAUCCUUCUGUUACGAUCCAUGCGGACUGGGUUGAUGAUAAGAACAAUCCUUGGGAUCAGUGGGAGUCUGUAUUGCCGAUUGUGUGGACAACGUGA